UCCUCUUCUCCAAAAGCCCUCUCCAAUUUCCAGUUUCCAUCCACCCAACCCUGCCAUUCUUUCUUACCCAUUUGUUCUCAGUCACCCCUAAUCUUUUCAUUAGGCCCCAACUAUUUCUUCUUUUCUCAUCUUGCCACCUUUCCAUCUCUCUCUCUCUCUCUCUCUCUCCCACACAUCCCCUCCUCCUCCUUCCUUAUCUGUCCUUUCCUCACAUCAUUUCCAUAUCAUCUCAAAUUCAUCUCUCCUUUUCCUUCCAUAACACAAUCCCUCUUCUCCUUCUUCUCUCUCUGUCUAUCCUUCCUUCUUCCUUAGCCUUUUCCUACCAAAAUCCCCAUAAACAAAUCGCUCCCUUCAACCUGCAGGACAUCACCACUGGUCGUUUAUCCUCCUCCUCUCAUUCCAUUCCCAGUCAACAUUGGUUUGCCAACCUCUGCUUCCCAACCUCCCACCUUUGCUUCUCCCUUACACACGCGCACAGAAAAAGGCCAUGUCUUUCUUCUUCUCCAUCUCUCCUGGGGGAGAACGGGGGAUCUCGAGUCUGGUGGCGGCGCGGCGGUCGCUGCAGGCGAGCCUGGAGAAGUCGCGGACGCUGGGCGCCGCCCUCGCCCGCGCUGGGCCCCGCCUGGACGAGAUCCUGCAGCGGCUUCCCUCCCUGGAGGCCGCCGUCCGCCCGAUCCGCGCCGACCGUGACGCCCUCGCGGCCGUCGGUGGGCACAUCGACCGCGCCGUUGGUCCCGCCGCUGCUGUUCUCAAGGUCUUUGAUGCGGUUCACGGACUCGAGCGCUCCCUCCUCUCCGACCCCCGCGCCGACCUCUCCGGCUACCUCUCCGUCCUCAAGCGCCUCGAGGAGGCCCUUCGUUUCCUCUCCGACAACUGCGGCCUCGCGGUGCAGUGGCUCGACGACAUUGUGGAGUACCUCGACGAUCACGCCCUCGCCGACUCGCGCUUCAUCGAGGCCCUCAAGACCUCCCUCGCCUCUCUCAAGCUGUCCCCUUACCCGCUCGACGGCGGCCUUCUAGCGGCCGCCCUCGACAAGCUCGAGUCCGAGUUCCGCCGCCUCCUGGCUGAGCACACCGUACCCCUUCCGAUGCCCUCGGACACCGUGGACGCUCCCACCAUCGCCCCUUCCCCUAUCCCGGUGCCCGUCAUCAACAAGCUCCGCGCCAUCCUCUUGAGGAUAACGGCAAACAGUCGGCUCGAUCGCUGCAUCUCGAUCUAUGUCGAUGUGCGAGGGUCCAAUAUCCGCGCCAGCCUCGGCUCGCUCGACCUCGAGUACCUCGAGAUCACGCCCGCCGAGUUCAAUGACGUGCAGAGCAUUGAAGGAUACGUCGAGAAGUGGAGCCGCCACCUUGAAUUUGCCGUCAAGCACCUCUUCGAGGCCGAGCUCAAGGUCUGCAUCGAGGUGUUCGAGCGCUGCGGGCCACGAGAUGUAGCCUUGUCGUGCUUCGCAGAAAUCGCCGCACAGGCUGGAAUCCUCGCAUUCCUCCGGUUCGGGAAGACUGUCACCGAGACGAGGAAGGAUCCCAUCAAACUCCUCAAGCUUCUUGACAUCUUUGCGACGCUGAACAGAUUAAGGUUGGACUUCAACCGGCUUUUUGGAGGAAAAGCUUGCGUUGAGAUCCAAAAUCAAACCAGGGAUCUUAUCAAGAGAUUGAUUGAUGGGGCGUGUGAGAUCUUUUGGGAGCUUUUGCAUCAAGUGGAACUACAAAGACAGAUGCCACCUCCCUCGCAAGGAUCUGUGCCGAGGUUGGUGAGCUUUGUCACCGACUAUUGCAAUAAGCUUCUCAGUGAGGAAUACCAGCCGGUUCUUACUCAAGUCUUGAUCAUACAUCGGAGCUGGAAGCAGGAGAAGUUUCGAGAGAGGCUCCUAACUGAUGCAAUUUUGGACAUUUUUAAAGCCCUCGAGACGAAUUUUGAGACUUGGUCCAAGAGCUAUGGGGACACAAUCCUCUCCUACCUAUUUGCUAUGAACACGCAUUGGCAUUUCUACAAGAAUUUGAAGGGGACAAAGCUUGGGAAGCUGAUAGGUGAGGCAAAGUUGAAAGAGCAUGAGCAGUACAAGGAUUAUUAUGCAGCAAUUUUCUUGAGGGAAAGUUGGGGAAAGCUUCCAUCUCUGUUGAGUAGGGAGGGGUUGAUAUUGUUCUCUGGUGGUAGGGGCAAGGCUCGAGAUCUGGUGAAGCAGCGGCUGAAAGCAUUCAAUGCAUCCUUCGAUGAGAUGUAUCAGAAGCAGUCAAAUUGGGUUAUUUCAGACAAGGAACUGAGGGAGAAGAUAUGUCAGUGGAUAGUGCAGACCAUUGUUCCUACUUAUCGGAGCUAUAUGCAGAACUAUGGGCCUCUGGUGGAGCAAGAUGCAAGUGCAAGCAAAUACGCAAAGUACACUGCCCAAAGCUUGGAGAAGAUGCUUGGUUCUCUUUUCCAGCAUAAACCCGGAAGAACGAUGAGUCUUAACAUCAGGCACUCAAACGGAAAGUUGAAUAGUGUAAUGACCAACCUGUCACGCUCUGCCUCAACUGUGAGCUGAUGAAGCAAUUUCUGUCAUUUAAGGCGAAGGGGAUACAAACCUGCAUUAUCCACAGAUGCAGCUGUAGAAAGUAUAAUAGGCUGGUCCACAGCAGUUGUUGUUAGUUUGAUGAACACAUCACAGACGGAUGCUUGAAGAAGCAGCACAAUUUUGGUGGCUCGAUGUCACAAAUGGCUCUGACUAAUGUAUUAUAUUUGAUAAUUGGGGAUGGGAGAGCCACCGACCGUGGAAGCUGGAAAUUAAACAUGCGGCAUCCAAACUAAUACAUAAAGAACAAAUAUGAUGAACGGUGCAUGGGAUUAGUUCCUUGGCACACUUUUAGUAGAAGUUACUUCCCUAUACUACGUUAGAGGUCCUUUUCUCUCUCAAUAUGCAUUAAGUUUCCUAGCAUAUUCAUUUUAGGCUUGAGGUUGGAGGAAACCAAAUAUGCAGUUUGUUGCUUCUAUAUGUAAAGUUUGUCUAUAAAGGUGCAUAUGGUGCUCUUGUGUA